GAAGCGCUAGCACCCUGUGACCGAGUAAUCCCAUCUCAGCAACUAUGGCCGUCGCGAUGCGUGCCCAGUGCGCCAAGGUGCAGGCUGCCCGCCCUGCCCGCGCCACCACCGUCGUCUGCCGGGCUUCGGCUCAGUCCCGCCGCGAGCUGCUGGGUCUGGGUGUCCUGCUGGGUGCUGCCGCGCUGGCCCCUGCUGCCAAUGCUGGCGUGGUCGAGGACCUGCUCGCUAAGUCUGCGGCUAACAAGGCCCUGAACAACAAGAAGCGCCUGGCCACCAGCUAUGCUAACCUGGCGCGCAGCCGCACCGUGUACGACGGCACCUGCCAGUUCCCGGAGAACUUCUUUGGCUGCGAGGAGUUGGCCUUCAACAAGGGUGUCAAGUACAUUGCUGAGGACCUGAAGAUUGAGUGCGAGGGCAAGGACGCCAAGUCUUGCGGCUCGAAGUUCACCCUCCGCAGCAAGUGAAGUCUUGAUGACCGGCUUGCUCAUGGCGGGCUCGUGGCCAACCCUCCAGUUUUGCUGUUUCAGUUUUGUCGAUAGGUAGCGAUGGGGGGCCUAAGUUGCCUCUGCAAGGUGUGCACGUGGCCUGAGCUCCGUCUUGACUAUGCGUGCCUGGUGUGCGUCGGAUGAGAAGAGAAUUUGUUAGCUGCAUGCGCUGAGGUUGUGGUGCUUCCCGACGGGCCUCUUCGGUAUGACAUAUGACGGUUGCGUCCUGCUGCUGGUUGGGCAUCUGCGGCGUAUGGCGAAUGGCUGUCGCUCUGGUGGUCAAGGGGUCAUGACAGGUCAACGGAUCCUGGCCUGAGCCAUUUCGGAUGUAAAUAUGCGGAUAAAAUCUUUCCCGGCCAACUUCCAAAUUUAGCAUUUUGUGCGAGGUUCAUUAAGUCAGCUCAUUCUAGGAAGUCAGCUAUUUAUGGCUAUGCAGAGAUCUUCACACUACCUGACGCCAUCGUUGGUGAGCACCCUGUAAAUGACCAUGGAUCU